AAAAUCAUUGAAAAUUAAAAACGAAAAUGGCCGCGCCUAUGGAAAAGGAUGACCUGGUGAAGCUAAAGAGCUUCAUCGAGUUCGUGGACUCGAAUCCCACGGUUUUGAAUGUGCCGCAACUUAAGUUUGUCAAGGAUUUUAUUGAGAAGUUUGGCGGCCAGGUUCCGGCAGGCGACUUCAAGAUGCCAGACGCCGCUGCAGGCGGAAAAUGCCCGUUCGGCGGCGAUGCCGGUCCCAAAUCGAAAUCGGCUGGUGCUGGUGUCUCGACCCCAGACUCCGAGGGAGUCAGCAUCGAUUCGGAUGCCAGCGAGGAGGACGACUCUCUGUCGGAGUCCGAGUCCGAUGUUGAGCUGGAUAUGGAAGGCGUCAUCGAGCCCGACCUUGAUCCAGCCCAGCCCAUGGGUGACUCUUCGAAAGAGCCCACCGAAGAGGAGAUGGACCAGGCCGGCGACGUGCGCGGUGAGGCGGCCAAGGCCUAUGGCGAGCAAAAGUUCGAGGAGGCCGUUGGCCUCUACACCAAGGCCAUUGAACUGAAUCCAGGCAAUGCCCUCUACUAUGCCAAGCGUGGCCAGGCCUUCCUCAAGCUGAAGAAGCCCAAUGCUUGCAUCCGUGAUUGCGAUAAGGCCCUCGAACUUAACUGCGACUCGGCAGCCGGCUACAAGUUCCGCGGACGAGCACACCGCCUGCUGGGCCAGUUCGAGGAGGCCGCCAAGGAUCUGCGCCAGGCCUGCAAGUUGGACUUUGACGAGGAGACCGACGAGUGGCUGCGCGAGGUGACUCCCAAUGCCAAAAAGAUCGAGCAGCACCGUGUCAAGCAGGAGCGCAAACAGGCCGAGCGUAAGGUCAAGGAUCGUCUGCGUGCCCAGAAUAAGGCACGCAAAGAGCAGGAAAAACAAAAGGCUUCGGCCGGCUCGACAGGCGGCGGCUUUCCAGGAGGAGCUGGUGGUGGUUUCCCCGGUGGCUUCCCCGGUGGUUUCCCAGACAUGGGCGGUGCUGGCGGCAUGCCCGGCGGCGCUUCAAUAGCGGAGAUGCUGGGCUUGAUGAAGGAUCCUGAGAUGGCUGCCGCCAUUCGGGAUAUCAUAGCCAAUCCGGCCAACAUUUCCAAGUAUGCCUCCAAUCCGAAGAUUUUCAACUUGAUGAAGCAGUUCUUCCCUUGUGGAGACCCAACUGGAGCUGGCUUCGGUGGCGCUGGAGCCGGACCGUUUGGCCAGGAAAAUGACGAAAAAGAGAAGGCCAGUGAUAGCAGCGAGCCGAAGGCCGCCAAGAAGGAAUCGGCGGACUUUGUCGACGAUGGUCUCGACUAAGGUCAAAGUCAGUUUUGGAGCAGCGACAGCGGCAAAAACAAACAGAAAUUUUGAAAAAAAAAAAAACAAGUU